UCCAUUUUAUGUCAUUAAUCAUGACAUUUACGAAUAUAAUAACUGAAUUUGAUUUUUCCUGUUUUUAACUUUAUUAUCAAUGUAUUAUUAUAGCCAGUUUUUGAUUUUUUUCUUUUAAGAAAUGUAAGGAACUAAAUAUGUUGAUUUCCUGACAAGAAGGCACCAUAUCACAUGAUAUUUGCUGCGAUCCUAAUAUGACAAGGUCUAUUACCAAACAUAAGUAAUUCGAGCCUCGUUGUUUGUCUUAUUUUGUUUAACUUCAAUGGUGUUCCAUCGUAAUCUUUGUCUAGUGAAUAUCAAGUUCAAGUUGAAAUGGUUCGAGCCAAUAGCUUGAUGGCAGGACAAGAGGGUGUGAAAACUCCGCACCGCAUUGAACUGUGUGAGGAGCGACCUGUCAGGCCUACGCGUAACUAUAGAAAGCGCAGGAUAAAUGUAACAUCACCAAAGACUGAAAACGUUAAAGUAAAGGAAGAAACUUUAAAGAAGGUUGACUUAAAAUCAAAGCCAUUGAAAACCAGUAACGGAAUCACAAACAUGACAAAUGGACAAUCGGUGCGUUCUAGGGCGGCCCGCGCGGCCGCCCGCGCUGCGGAAAGUCAUAAGCUUACUGAGUAUUUUAAGGAAGAGCUCAAAAGUCCCAAAGCGGAACCUCCUCAUUCCCCCCCACCCAUUGAGAAGACUGUCAAAACAGAUAAAGUUGCAAAUGGAAAUACUAAUCACAAGUUGACAGACUACUUUCCAGUAAGACGUAGUGUAAGGAAAACUUCAAAAUGCGUUAUGGCUGAGAAAAUGAGGGAUCUGGAAAGGGCUGUGAGAGAACAGAGAGAAGAUGGUUUACAAGUGGCGUAUUUCGAAGACAAGGGCCGCGGUGUGAUCGCAACUCGCCCAUUCGGCCGUGGACAAUUCGUGGUGGAGUAUGCCGGGGAGCUGGUUGGCGUGGCGGAGGCGCGCGAGCGUGAAUAUCUGUAUGCACAAGACCCAAACGCUGGUUGUUAUAUGUACUACUUUAGGCACGGAGAUCAACAGUAUUGUAUUGACGCCACAGCAGAAACAGGCCGACUGGGGCGUCUCGUCAACCAUUCUCGUAAUGGGAACCUCCUAACUAAAGCUGUUUGGGUGGACGGACCUCGGCUCGUGUUACUGGCCGCACAUGACAUCGUCCCCGGUGAAGAGCUCACCUACGACUAUGGUGACCGCUCUAAAGAGUCGCUACAGCAUCACCCAUGGCUUGCGCUCUGACGUGGGUACGCCUACAAAAAUCUCAAUUGGACUUAUAAUAAUUAUUUAUUAAUUUAGUUUUAGUUACUAUGAAGUUUGUUAGACAUUAUUUUUGUUUGAGGUUGGAACUUUAUUGUGUACUGUUAAGUAGUGAGACAUGUGGCCUAACAAUAUGAUAUGUGAACAGGGUGGAUGGUUCAUUCAAUGAUAAUACUGCCUUACGCCACUUAUAAUGGAUGAAAGUUGUUGGACGAAUUAAAAUUAAGGAUAUAGAAAAAAUAUUCUAGUACAGUCACAUACUAUAUUAGUCUUUUUCAUUGUCACAUCUAUAAAAAAGAAUUUAAAUUAGCAUAAUACAUCUUUUUCAUGUGACUGUACAUACAUUACUCACCAAAGCAGUUCUAUACUAUAUAUUUUACAUUUAAUUAUAAUAGAUCAUUCUGAGCAAGUAUUAUUAAAUAAAUAAUAUUAACUGUCUUGGUGGGUCAUGUUUCUCAAAGCUUGGUAUACGAAUGUACAAAGUUGUAAUUUGAUUUAUACAAUGUGAUUUCAUGGACAUUGUAUUAAUGAAUAUAUUAUUAAUACAAUGUCAAUGAAAUCACAUCCAUACAUUAUAUCUAUUGUCACUGUUGAAUAACAAAGUAAUGAUAAAUUGGUAUCAUUGUAUAUAAUUGUUAAAUCAAAUUAUUACUUGUUGAAACCAAAGCCAUGAAGUGAAUCGAUUGCUAUUACAACAUUGUUAGUUUUAAUGAAUGUAUUGAGAAAAGACAACUGAUUAUGUUAUCAGAAUGUUAUGAAAUAUAGAAUGAAAAAUGUAGGUAAUUACGCUUGAUGUAAUAUUAAUACAAAGCCACUAAACCUAAAGGCUAAGUCAAAGACGCUAAUCAUAUGGUACAAAGAAUGUACAACCAUAAGGAAGUACGACCAUCUACGCAAUUAAAACACUGGUUGAAAUUAAAUUCUCGAUACAUUUAAAAGUAAAUAAAACACCCGUUUUUCAAUUUGCAGGAAGUGAGAUUUUAUUUUAUAAUAAACUUAUGGGUAAUCUAUUUGGGAUUGUAAAGUUAACAAAAAUAUGUAACAAUAGCCUUUAGAUAAAUCCUGGUCAAGACAUCAA